AUGGCGCAAACGGUAGAAGUAAAGCCUCCGACACCGCUGGCGAUCGUCGGACUGUCCUUCAAACUGCCCCAAGAUGCCGUCACCCCGGAGUCCUUCUGGCAGAUGCUCGUGGAGCGACGAUGCGCCUCGACCGACUUCCCGCCGGACCGACUGAACAUCGACACGCACCACCGCGCAGACACCGAUCGCCUGGACGCGCUGUCCAUGCGCGGGGCGCAUUUCCUGACGGAGGAUCUCCGCCGCUUUGAUGCGCCGUUCUUCUCCAUCACCGCCGCCGAGGCCGAGGCGAUGGAGCCGCCGCAGCGGUUGAUCCUUGAGACCGCGUUCCACGCGCUGGAAAACGCGGGGAUCCCGUUGCAGCGCAUCGCGAAGUCUCGAACCGCAGUAUUUACGGGCUCGUCCGGCCAUGACUGGCUGAUGUCGCGGGCGAAGGAUCCCCUGCACCAGCAUAAAUACGAUAUCACGGGGACGACGGGCAACAUGCUCGCCAACCGCGUCAGUUGGUUCUUUGAUCUGACGGGGCCCAGUGCGACCGUCGACACGGCCUGUUCGAGUAGUUUGAUGGCGAUCGACAUGACGUGUCAGUCGAUCUGGAGCGGCCAGGCGACGAUGGGCAUGGCGAUCGGAAGCAAUCUCCUGCUGGCAGCUGAGGUAACGCAGAUGAUGGAUAACCUGGGUCUGCUGUCGAAGGACAGUCGGUGCUUCAGUUUCGACGACCGUGCCAAUGGGUACUCGCGCGGUGAAGGUGUGGGGGUGCUGGUUAUCAAGACCGUGGAGGACGCUGUGCGCGACGGGGACGUCAUUCGAGCAGUGAUUCGAUCCUCAGCUUCGAAUCAGGACGGCAAGACGCCGGGCAUCACCCAGCCCAGCGCGGAAAUGCAGGCAGCGUUGAUUCGCGAGACCUACGUCAACGCAGGACUGGAUAUCGGGCAGACGCGGUAUUUUGAAGCACACGGGACUGGCACCGCCGUGGGCGAUCCCAUCGAGACCAGGGCUAUUGGUUCCGUUUUCCGACUGCAUCGCUCGCCGGACGAGCCGUUGUACAUAGGAUCCGUGAAGUCGAAUAUCGGCCACCUCGAGGGUGCAAGUGGUAUCGCCGGGAUGAUAAAGGUCAUUCUGGCGCUGGAGAAGGGCAUCAUUCCGCCAAACAGUGAGAACCUGCAGACCCUGAAUCCGCGAAUUGAUGACGAGUUCUGGAAUAUCAAAUUUCCUCAAGAAGCCCUACCGUGGCCAACGGGCGAUGUGCGACGUGCUUCCAUCAGCUCAUUUGGCUAUGGAGGCUCAAACACACAUAUUGUCCUAGAUGACGCCUAUCACUACCUCCAACUCAACCAACUGGAAGGGAACCAUAACACAAUGCCACCGCUUGCCUCGGCUCGCACCAACGGUACGACUCAGAACGGGGUCCACCAACAAGUAUCGAACGGCACCAAUGGAGUUGCGAGGUCCUUGACUAAUUCGCCGAAGCUCCUCGUCUGGUCUGCGGCGGAUGAAGCGGGUAUCCCGCGCCUUCAGCAAAGUUGGAGUUCCUUCUUUUCCAAAUCAGUCGAGGAUAAGUAUCCCUUCCUUAAGAGCCUAUCACAUACCCUAGCCUCACGAAGGACUCACCUACCGUGGCGAACCUUUGCCGUAGCUCGGCCAUCGGACGACCUGGGAGCAGUGACUGAGCGUUUUUCCGGAGCUGUUCAGUCGCGGGAGUCUCCCAACCUUGCCAUGAUCUUCUCUGGCCAAGGAGCGCAGUGGUACGGGAUGGGACGCGAGCUACUCCACACGUAUCCUGCAUUCCGUCAAAGCAUCGAAGAGGCCGGAGAAUAUCUCCGGAAUCUAGGAUGCGAAUGGGAUCCCGUUGAUGAGCUCCAGCGAAUCGAAAGCGAAUCGAACGUGAAUCGCACUGAGUACAGCCAGAUUCUGUGCACAAUUCUCCAGGUAGCUCUGGUGGACCUGCUGCGGUCGUUCAACAUUGUACCCAAAGCCGUACUCGGCCACUCUUCUGGUGAGGUUGCCGCGGCAUACUGUUCCCGCGGGAUAUCCCGCCGUUCGGCCUGGAAGGUCUCGUACUUCCGAGGCAAUAUGAGCAGUCGGCUGGAGAAAAGCGCACAGAUGAAAGGGUCCAUGCUGGCUGUCGCCCUCUCCGAAAAGGAGGUGUUGCCGUACAUUGAAGCAGUGAGCGCCGCGUUUGAGGUUCAACGACUGACCGUUGGCUGCAUCAACAGUCCCAAGAGCGUGACCGUCUCUGGAGAAGGGGUGCAACUCGACGCACUCAAGGCUCGACUGGACCUGGAUAAGGUCUUCUGUCGCAGGCUCAAGGUUAACUUGGCUUAUCACUCCGUCCAGAUGAAGGAAAUCGCGGCCCAGUAUCUGGAAGCUCUUGGCGAGCUGGAGGGUGACCCUUCAGAGCCGCACACCCGGCCUCAGAUGGUCUCAUCCAUCACCGGUGACUGGAUCGACCCCGACGAGCCGCGUCAGGCUUCUCACUGGGUUAGGAAUAUGAUAUCGCCGGUGCGCUUCUCCGAUGGACUCGCCACGCUCUGCUCCGCCUCAUCCAACCCUACGAAUUCGCUGGACGGCAGCCACCGACGGAAACGCAAGAUCGAUCACCUGCUGGAAGUCGGGCCUCAUUCAGUACUGCAGGGUGCCUGCAAGGAUAUCCUGAAAGACAUCGGCAAGAGCUCUUCCAUCAAAUACCUGUCUUUGCUGGUGCGUAACAUGUCCGCCGUGGAUACCGCUUUUUCAGUGUUCGGUGAUCUGUAUACCGCAGGAUAUCCCAUCGACUUGACCCUGGUCAACCAGGACGAUUCAACAUGUCGAGCUCUGCCAGAUCUGCCUGAAUAUCCCUUCAACCACGAGAAAGUCUACUGGUACGAGAGCAAAAUAAGUAAAGGUCACCGUCUGCGACGAUUCGCUCGGAACGACCUCUUAGGGUUGGCGGAUCAGAACCAGAACCCGCUGGAAGCGCGGUGGAGGAAUAUUAUCCGGGUGUCUGAAAUGCCCUGGGUCCAGGAUCACAAGAUUAAUGGAACGAUCCUCUACCCUGGAGCAGGGAUGGUGGUCAUGGCCAUCGAGGCAGCCAAGCAGCUGGCGGAUCCAAGCAGGCCGAUCUCCGGCUUCAAUGUACGAGAUGUCGCCUUCCGCGCGGCCAUUCGGGUGCCAUCGGGGGCACAAGGCAUUGAGACCAAUUUUCAUCUUCGGCCUGCCAAGAAUAUGGAAUCGAAACGGUCCGGCUGGUUUGACUUCAACGUCUGCACGUUCGAGAACGAGGCCUGGAUCGAUAACUGCACAGGCUCCGUUCAGAUUGUCUAUGGCGAUAAGGAAGAGGAGAUGGAGAAAGCGCUCGCAGUUGAGCUGCAGGCCGCUCAGCGGGACGCUUACUCGGCGGCAGCACAAACGUCUAAACUGGCCAUGGGGGGGGAGAAGUUGUAUCAUACCUUGGAGGAUUCAGGCUAUGGCUACGGUCCGGCUUUCCAACUGGUGCAAGAGCUUUCCCAGGGCAGAGCGGAGGCAGAGGUGACUGCUCUGGUCCAGAACUUCUCGACAUUCUUGGGAGAGACGAUCCACCCAACAACACUGGAUGCCAUCCUUCAAACAGCUAUCUGGGCAGCAGUACCCUCGGAAACGGAUAGGAUCCCAACUGCGGUGCCGACCUACAUUGAGACGUUAUGGGUCGAUAGCCACGCGCUGCCAUCCACGGUGCUCAAGGUCCAUGGCACAUGCUGCGAGGUGUCGCAAUUCAUUGGCCCAUCUUCGAACAUCGUUGUACUUGACGACAAGUUGCAAAAGACCUUAGUGUCCGUGGCUGGGUUGCGUAUGAACAUCGUUGACACGCCAGGUCUGACUGACGGGGUCGAUGAGUCUGCGAAUAACCUCUGUCAUCAAAUCGAGUGGAAGCCAGAUUUGAUGUUGCUGAGCAAUGCGGAGAUUGCCGGUUUAUGCAGUACUGCAUCUGCUGAUGCGAUCGACCACGAAAGCUUUUAUGAAGACCUGGAUAUUGUGCUCGCAGCACGAGGGACAGAAACACUCUCUGCCUUGGUAGAGACAGGGUUCCAGCCAACAAAUCCGAAGCUCAAGAAGUACCACACCUGGCUGAUCCACCACCAGCACAUGGUCUCCCUGGGUGUUGCCAGCCAAAUGACCAACCCAUCGUAUAUUGAGGAGGCCGAGAAUCGAAUUCUAGGCAGCAAACAGGGCUAUAUGUACGCCACAGUCGCUCGCAAUCUAACAAAACUCCUGACUGGGGAGCUGGAUCCGUCCAGUCUGUUUGAAGGGGAUAUGCUGAAGGCAGCGUAUCGGGAAAAUGUCGCUGAAUCGCACGGCAUCCGGGGCCUGAGCAAAUACCUUGAUCUGCUGGCUCAUCGCCUUCCCAAGAUGAAGAUCCUGGAGUUAGGGGCAGAUGCUGGAACUGUAACGGAAAUAAUUCUGGCUACAUUGGGAGGGGAUGCAAGUGACAGACGAUACGCACACUUGGACUUCACUGAUGCGUCGCCUGAAAGCAUCGCUGCAGCCAAGGAUCGGUUCGCCUCGGAAGCCGAGCACAUGGGAUUCAAUGUGCUCGACAUUGAACAAGACCCGGCCACGCAAGGUGUUGAGUGUGGCACGUAUGAUGUGGUCGUGGCCUCGAUGGUCUUUCAUAAAACAGCAAGUUUGCGAAAGGCAUUGCAGAAUGCGCGGAGGCUGCUCAAACCAGACGGCAAGCUAGUUGUGUACGAAGGAGUCGUUCCUGAGUGCCGGUCGACAUUUGUGUCCAGUCUAUUUGAGCAAUGGUGGCAAGAUUCGGAGCCUCAUUGCAACUCGUCCCGGUACGUGGACGAAGGUCAAUGGGACGAAAUCCUCCGACAGGUUGGAUAUUCUGGGGUGGAUGUCUCGUUACCCGACUUCGACAGCGAGCGUUGGCACGAAUGCAGCUUGAUGAUUUCGACAGCGGUCGAAAACAAGCACGAAACGCGUGCGGUGACAGAGAUCGAGGUAGUGUACGAUUCUAAGGAACCCGACCAGGAACACCUGGCACAUACCAUUACCAAACAAUGCGAGAGUAUUGGAUGCACGCAGGUUCGAAGCGUCUCGCUUGAGGAAACCAUCAGCCAUCAGAAAGACACCGAAUCGCUUCGAGUUUUCGUCAUCGAGCUCCAGCGUCCGGUGUGGACAGACAUCCAACCUGAGCUGUAUAAAAAGCUUCAGAGUUGUCUUUCAUCGGCAUCUCAGGUGCUGUGGGUCAACCAAGGAGGGGGUGUCUUGCCAACCAAACCGCAUUUCCGUCUAGUUGAAGGAUUGUUCCGCGUCUUGAUGGAAGAGGAUAGCCGGCGCAAUCUGCACCUUCUUUGCUUGGAGCCCGAAAAACCAUUGAGCCAAGUGGCGCAGCAUGUGGCGAAUCUAGCUCGUUUUCUGGCUUCGCCAGCUGCGAAGGGUGCAGAUACAGAGUACAUUGAACAAAGCGAUAUGCUUCACAUCCCUCGUAUCGUGACACCCGCGCAACUCAACGAAACGGUAUCACGCAAAGCCAGCUCUCAGCAGCGCGCAGUGCAGAAGUUUGAGUGCCAAAUCCCCUUGCAAUUAGACGCUUCUUCGCCUGGACUGAUCAGCGGCUUUCAGUUCUUGGAAAAUGCCACAGCGUACCGACAGCUCAAGCCAGAUGAGAUUGAGAUACAGGUCAAGUGCGCAGGCGUGAACUUCCGCGACGUACUAAUUGCUGUAGGCCAACUGAAGGCCACGCACACUGGCUCCGAGUGCUCGGGGAUUGUCAGCCGAGUGGGCGACGCUGUCUCCAAAUUCCGGGUCGGAGAUGCAGUUGCUGCCCUCGGCGACGGAUGUUUUGCCACCUCGAUCCGGGUUCACGAGGAUGGGCCCGUUGUGAAAAUUCCCCCUGGCAUCUCUUUCCCCGAGGCUGCAGCGAUUCCGGUGAACUACGCCACCGCAUACGUAGCUUUGCACGAUGUUGCGCGCAUCCAGGCCGGCGAAUCGGUCUUGAUCCAUUCGGGAACUGGCGGCACCGGACAAGCGGCGAUUCAAAUCGCAAAGAACGCGGGGGCUACCAUCUUUGCGACGGUCGGCUCUCAGAGCAAGAAGCAAUUUCUCAUCGACACUUAUCAGAUUCCAGAGACGCACAUCUUCUCCAGUCGAACCACUUUGUUCGCGCAAGCCAUUCAGCACCGCACGGGCGGCAAAGGGGUGGAUAUCAUCCUGAACUCGCUGGCUGGAGAGAGUCUACUGGCUUCGUGGGAAUGCAUAGCGCCGUAUGGCAGAUUCCUUGAGAUCGGCAAGCGGGACAUACUAUCUAAUCAUAGGCUGCCUAUGUCUCAAUUUCUUCGCAAUGUCACCUACAGUGGCGUGGACCUCGCCGCCAUGUCGGUGGAGAGACCCGAAAUUUGUGCCGCUGCUCUUGACAAGAUCUUCGCGUCCAUGCAGCAAGGAAAGCUGCACCCCUCGCAGCCCAUCCGUCGACAUGGAGUGGGUGAGAUCGAGAAAGCCUUCCGAAUCAUGCAGGGCGGACAGCAUGUCGGUAAAAUGGUUUUGGAAAUGCGCCCCGAUGACGAAGUGAUGACGAUUUUGAAUACCAAGCCAACGUACUUUUUGGAUCCCGACUCUACAUUUGUCAUCUGCGGAGGCUUGGGAGGACUGGGGAGCAACAUUGCCCAUUGGUUCGCGGAUCGAGGUGCACGCCACCUUCUGUUGCUGUCACGCUCCGGAGGACAAAGCGAGAGAGGCCGUGUGCUCGUGGAGCAACUGCAAACACGAGGCGUCCAAGUCCUAGCCCCAGCCUGUGAUGUUUCGGAUGAAGUGCCGCUGCAAAACACCCUCCAGCUAUGCAGGUCUCAGAUGCCUCCAAUCCGGGGAUGUCUCAACGCGGCCAUGGUGUUGCGAGAUGCGUUGUUCGAGAACAUCUCUCAUCAAGCGUGGCACGAGUCCCUCGCCCCCAAAGUGCAAGGGUCAUGGAACCUCCACCGUCACCUUCCGCAGGGUAUGGACUUCUUCAUCAUGUUGUCCUCCAUUUCAGGGAUCGUCGGGACCACGGGGCAGGCCAACUACGCGGCGGGCAACGCCUUCCAGGAUGCGCUGGCACGUCAUCGGGUGGCGCUUGGGGAGAAGGCGACUGCGCUGGAUCUGGGAGUGUUCGACUUUGCCGGGGCGGUGGCUGAGGACGCGCAGCUGCGGGAUAUGUUGAUCGCAAGUAUGGGGUUGGAACCGGUGACUGAACCUCAACUCCACGCGCUCUUGGACUAUUACUGUGAUCCUCAGGUCAGUCUAGACAAGGCCUCGGACUGCCAAGUCACCGUGGGAUUGUCUCCCAAUGCGACGCAGGCGAUGUGGCUGAAGAAGCCAAUGUUCGGGCAUCUCACCGUCCACGAACGAGCGGGUGGCAGUGCGGGCGCGAGCGACUCGAUCGCGAGCGCGUUGCAACGGGCGGAGUCGCUGGCCAGCGCUCAUGCAGUGGCCAGGGAAGCUAUCGCGGAGAAGCUAUCGAAAGCGCUGUCGAUUGCGGCGUCGGACAUUGAUGCGAGCAAGCCGUUACAUCAGUAUGGGGUGGACUCGCUGGUGGCGGUCGAGCUGCGGAGCUGGUUUGCGAAGGAGUUGCAAUCGGAGAUGGCGGUAUUCGACAUCUUGGGUGGGGCCACGUUGACCUCGGUGGCUCAGAUGGCUACUAUCGCUGGCCUCAGUGAUGCUGGGGUUGCGCGGACAGGGGUCGAUUACGACCUCGUGCGAUUCAGGGACUUGGUGGACGUCACCGCAGACUCCUUGCACAACAUCCAUCUGGAAUUUCUCGAUCAUGAAUUUGCAGGCCCCCUGCGAGUCGUGUAUGGAGACUGCAACCUCCGCGACCCCUCCCAGAGCCACCACGAUAUCACCAGCGUGUUUGUACAACGAGAUGCCCGACCCGGGCGACUGGUCUGGAUCACUCCGUCCGACGCUCCUCAUUUACACUGCCUGCAUGCAUUCUCGGGGAAUUCUCUGGUCGGUCGCUCUGCGCCCGUCUCAAUUGCCAAGCGCGUCGACAAACGAGAGAGCAUCGCCGAUGUGGCCGACAUGGAGGGCCCCUGGUUUGAUGGGGUCGCAUACAUGAAGUCUAAGACCGAGGACGCAUCGUUGGUCGCCAAAGCUAAGAACACCUCGGUCGCUAUCCUCGGAGGUGGCAUGUCCGGCUUGAUGACAAGCUUGCUCCUCGAGUCGGUCAGGAUCCAUGACUGGCACAUCUUCGAGUCCUCCGGCAGGAUCGGCGGCCGCAUUCGCACCAAAUACCUCAACAACACGCGCCCCGACCAAUACCAGUACCAGGAGAUGGGCCCGAUGCGAUUCCCUGUCAGCAUUACCUAUUCCGACACGAACGAGACACUUGAGAUCAUGGACCACCGGAUGGUGUUUCAACUGGCCGGGGCUCUGAACCAGAUGAACGUCGACGAGCCUGAGCUUCAGGUCAACUUCAUUCCUUGGCACCAGAGCACCCCCAAUGUGCCUGCCGACUCGGGAGGUGUCCGUCUCCCGGACGGCCGCAUCCCCACCGCCGCAGACGUCGCCGCCAACUCAUCCUUAGUCUACACGGCUGCCUCGUCAAACGCUACGGCUGUUGCCGAUGCAAAAGCCGCCUAUGACAAUUAUACGACGAUCGACUCGCGCGAGACCAUCGCUCAGAUUGCCAUGAACAUGUACAAGAUGCACCGCUGGGCUGUGGACAACAACAUGUUUCACUGGUCGGAGGCCGGAUACCUGCAAUACGCUCUUGGAUAUAAUGCCAACAUCAGCGACUAUGUUGCCGGAACCACCGACUCUCCCAUCUGGGGGGACCUAUAUGACGACGUGUACUUCGCCGCCACGGAAUGGCGCACCAUCGACAAGGGUCUCGAAUCCCUGCCUCGCGCCUUUUAUCCGCAUGUCUCGGACCGACUGACCCUGAACCGCACGAUCAGCGGACUCACGUAUAAUGAAACCUCCGGGAAGAUCGGAGUCUCCUGGCGGGACGAUCUGUUCGCAAUGACGCCCACGACGAAGGAGUAUGAUUACGCCGUCGUGGCUGCGCCGUUCAGCAAAGUGCGACUCUGGGAACUGCCCCGGUACUCCUCGUUGCUCAGCCGCGCCAUCUCAACGCUCAACUACGAUCCGGCCUGUAAGAUGGCGCUGCUCUACAAGACUCGCUUCUGGGAGCACCUGGAUGAACCCAUCUACGGUGGCUGCGGCUCGGUCGAUGUGGCCGGGGUGGGUAGCGUUUGCUACCCGUCCUACGACCUCAACGGCACCGGGCCAGGCGUGAUCCUGGCUUCGUACAUCUCCGGCACGGAGGCGCGCUCCACUGCGGCGCUGAGCGAGGAAGAGCACGUUGCGCUUGUCCAGCGGACGAUGGUGGAAGUUCACGGCGAGAUCGCGGCAGAGCAAUUCACCGGCAUCUACGACCGCCAGUGUUGGGAGGUUGAUCAGCACCAGGCGGGUGCAUGGGCGGAUCCGUUGGUCGGACAGCAGGAGUUGUACCUUCCGGCUUACUACCAGACGGAAUUCAAGACGAUCUUCAUCGGAGAGCACACCAGUUAUACCCAUGCGUGGAUCUUCUCUGCCCUGGACUCGGCUGUCCGCGGCACGACGCAAUUGCUGCUGGAUCUGGGACUGGUGGAUGAGGCCAAGUCGAUUGUGAAUGAGUGGAUGGGUCGGUGGAUUAAGUUGUAAAGGCGGAGUAUGCCCUUGUAUGCUCCAGUGUAUGCUACAAUGUAUGCUCACUUGUGAUGUCGAAGUCUCUCAGGACUGUGCAAUGAAGAUAUUAGAAACACUUU